AUGGAGUUAGCUCAUCGGGCACAUUGGGCAAUUAAAACGGUGAACGCGGAUUACGAUGAAGCAGUGGGCCAGAAAGUGUGGUUGUAUAACUCAAGAUUAAAGUUAUUCGCGGGCAAGCUAAAAAGUAAAUGGAUGGGUCCUUAUGUCAUUAGGCGAGUGGGUCGAUUCGGUGAUGUUGAUAUCGAAGAUGUUCAAACCAACAAGCAACAAACGGUAAACAGGCAUCGGCUUAAGCCGUAUUUGGAAAGCAAUGACAUCAACAAUCUAGAGCUUGACAAGGUGGGUUACAUCCUACGCCCAGUGAAUGAGGAACAAGAAUGA